AUGCUCACGAUCCCCCAGAUGUACAACGCGUCGCGCUACUUUGAGCGGGGCAAGCCCUGGGAACUGCGGAAAGACGCCGUCGCCGUCUUCGUGUCGAAUUGUAGGAAUGCUGGAGCGUCGAAGCGCCUCGCGUUCCUCGAGAAACUAUCAAAGGUCUACCCGGUGCACUCCUACGGUCGGUGUCUGCACAACAGGGACGCGAAACAGCGCGCGGGCGAGGAGCGGGGCGUGUUCAAGCGGCGGAUCCUCGCCGACUACAAGUUCGCCCUGGCGAUGGAGAACGCCGUCGUCAAGGACUACGUGUCGGAAAAAGUCUUCGACGCGCUGCUUGCUGGUGCUUUACCGCUCUACGACGGCGCGCCCCGCGUUGGGCGUUUACUACCUGAUAGCGGCGCUAUCCUGCGGACGGCGGACUUCCCGGACGCUUCGGCUCUGGCUGCUACGUUACGACGCCUCGCGGCGGGCCCCGAGCCGGAGCACUUCCGCUGGCGCGAGCGGCAGGACCUGGCGCCGGCCUUCCAGCGCGUCCUCGACAUGUCCGCCCACAAGUACACCGCGCUGUGCCGCGUUUGUGAGCGCCUUCAGGCCGACAAGGCCAAGUAA